AUGCCGACAGAAAAUCUAAGGUGGGACACGCUGGAGGCUUUAAAAAGCUCUCCGAAGGGAAGAAUCAAGUACAGCCCGGACUGGCUUGAAAAGGGAGAGGAAAUUUUGGCAGGCUGCAAAGAGGUCACCAGUCUGUCGCCUCUCUCCGGCCACAUUCUGAAGAGAAUGAGUCCUCAGUCUGUACUGAAGAGCCGUUCCUCAUGGUCCUCCCCGGUCAGUGAUACGAGUCCAUCUAAAGACGGUCUCUCUGGUUCUGCUCCUGUUUCUCUGUAUCGUACCCACAAUGCCCAACUGUCAGCGUCCGCCUCUCCACCACCAACCCCAGUGGAAAAUGCAAAAGUGAUUGGGGUAAAAUCGGAGGCUUCAGACUGUUCUGUGGAGUCAAGCAACACUCCUCCACCGGCUAUUUCCCUCCUUUCACCCAAGGUCACACAGAUGGAUAGCUGCAUUCGCAUCUGUGAGAAAAAACAUCAGACUGCAGCCAAGGCAGAGCUCAGCCUGAGACAAGAGCUGCAUGAGCGCCUGGUGGCCACUGUUGCCAGCCGGGAGUCCGAGCAGCUCAAACGCUUCGAGGAGUUCAUGGAGCUGAAACAAAGACAGGAAUGUCAGAGCAUGAGGGACAUGCUGGAAAAAGAGACACAGAAGAGCAUUGGACGGCAGGAGAAACUAAAGGAGGAGCACAGACACAGAAUGAAAAUUCUGAACCUGCGGCUGCGUGAGGCGGAGCAGCAGCGGCUGCGGGAGGCCGAGCUCGAGCGACAGAAGCAGGUGGACGGAAGGGAGAGGCUGAAAGCUCUCAAUGCCAUCCAAGAGGAGGUGCUUCGACUAAACAAGCUCCUGGAACCUUCCCAGGCCAUUCAGACGGGCGCUUCCCUCGACCACGCCCCGUACAUCACACGCGGCAACCAGCUCUGUUCGCAGGUCUCGGAGGUGAUACACACCACAGCUGAUGGGAAUUUUCCAUCUGUUGAGGACAUGGCUGUGGCAGAUCAGGCCCUGCAUGAAAUGAGAUCGCUGCUCAAAUCCAUCCAGGAGGAAAUCGCUAAAGCUCAGGAGAGGAAGAAGAACGAGCUGGAGUUAGAAGAGCACAGAAAGAAAGAGGCAGCACUGAAAGUCCAGCAGGAGGAACAAAAGAGGAGUGCAGCGUUAUCUGUGAAGGAGAAAGCCAAAAAACAAGGUUUGCAGACUGGAGCUGAAGACAGCACCCUGAAAUGGUACAAACAGCUGCAAGAUCUGGCUGCCCAGUGUUCCCAGUCUUUUGACGAUCUGAACAGCACAAAGGAUUUGCAGACAAAGAAAUUGAGAAUGGAGCUCCAGAAAGCUGCAACAAUUCCGGUCAGCCAGAUCUCCAGCAUUUCAGGUUCUCAGCUCAAGGAGGUCUUCGAUAAGAUUGACAAAUUGUUAUCAGGGCGGCCAGUUAAGUCCGGCGGAAAGUCGGUCACCACGUCGCAGCAUCCUCAUGGGCUGGAAUAUGUGAGCUACAAAUUAGCAGAUAAGUUUGUAAAACAAGGAGAGGAAGAGGUCGCUUCUCACCACGAGGCAGCGUUUCCUAUUGCGGUCGUAGCCUCAGGACUGUGGGAGCUGCACCCUAAAAUGGGAGACCUACUUCUAGCGCACCUCCACAAAAAGUGCCCUUAUGCUGUUCCUCACUACCCACCUAUGAAAGAUGGCACCUCUGUGGAGGACUAUCAGAGGAUUCUAGGAUACCGUGUGGAGGACUCGGGGGUGGAGGGGCAGGACAGCUUCUUAAAGAGGAUGUCUGGCAUGAUCCGACUUUAUGCUGCCAUAAUACAACUAAGAUGGCCUAACAGCAAUAAACAAGGGGCUCAUCCUCACGGUCUAAAUCAUGGGUGGCGCUGGCUGGCUCAGAUGCUCAACAUGGAGCCCAUCGCUGAUAUCACAGCAACUCUUCUGUUUGACUUUCUCGAGGUUUGUGGAAAUGCACUUGUGAAACAAUAUCAGUGGCAGUUUUGGAAACUUAUCCUGCUCAUCAAAGAGGAAUAUUUUCCCAGGAUUGAAGCGGUUACCAGCAGUGGUCAGAUGGGCUCUGUAACUAGACUUCAACAGUUUCUGGAGACCUCUUUAAGAAACAGGCAGAUUGAUCCACCCAAAGGUCACCUGAACACAUCCUUCUGGAGGUCCUGAGAGAGAAUAAUGCUGCUAAUGCAUGAAUAGCCACAGUUAGCUUCAGUUAGCUAUUAUGCAUCUGCAUUGGUGUAUUGGCUGAUGGUGUUUUUUUUGUACAUGUAUUUUAAAACUGAUUUUAGCCUGAUGAAGUAUGUGUCUUCUUAGUAAAGACGGGGUUAAGCCUAAUUUUAUUUUAUAGAUUUCAAACUGGUGCUGUAAUCCAGGAAAGCCAUCAAUGCUAUCUGCUGUCCGAGUACUAAAGAUGUUUUUUUUAAGCCUCACCAUAAGCCUGACUUUGGGAUCUGUAAUGCAAAUAUGUAAAUAAAAACAGCAGUGGUUCGCAAA